CUGCUGUUCCAGAUUAUCCGGAUAGGCAAUGGAGUUACGGGAUCAAUUACACUGCCAGCGACCUUCAGCUCGAGCCCAAUGUGCGAGUGGUGGAUUAGGGCUCCUGUGGGCAAGCGGAUCGAGAUGACUGUGACUGACUUCAACUCAGGCAACUAUGACUGUAACCAAGCCUACGCGCUCUUCAACUACGCCGGCAACAACUUCCACAACUCGGCAACGUACCGCCUGUGUGGCACCUCCAGGGUCCUCGUACGGACCGCGGCUGAGCAGCUCAACGUGAUCUUCAACGGGCGCGUCGCGACCGGUCCGAGGUUCACGGCCACUUACAGGGUCAUAUAGUUAGAUGGCAAACUAUGACCGGCCGUGAAUGUUGACGUUUUCUGAAUUUUUGGCAUCCUUGGUGAUUUAUGAUUUCAUCAAUUUUGGUGCUAAAAACUGAAUCUCACAGGCUAUGAAAAAUUUGGCUACUUAAGUACCUCCUCGCUUCCUGAGCAUUAAUCGAACAUGAUGAAUCUAUGUUGGCUUUCUAGUUGGCUACUACCAUUAGAACUUUCUAAAAUCCAUGUGCACGAUCAUAAUAACCUGAAUUAAUAAAGCCAUGAUUUUCUGCA